AUGGACGACGAUGACGUCCUCGAGGUCGAUAGCCCAAUGGAGCCCGCCGUCGACAUCGACGAAGAUGAGGAUGAGGAGAUGCCCAUCUUGAGCCUUGACGGCGCUCCGCAGCCUGCAAAGAAGCAGAAGGGUGAAAACAGAAACCUCCAGCUCGACUAUCCCAACAGCUUGCCAUACACCUGCGAGACGCUCGAAGAAUUUGACGCUCGCCUGGACCACAUCAUCCGUCGGCUUGUCGACUGCGUCCGCACCAACGAUUACGACAUUGGUCUAGUGCAAUGGAACCACCGGCUGCAAUGUCUAUUGUCGCUCAAGUAUCCCAUCCUUCGAAAGACAAGAGCCAGGCUCGCCCGGCUUUACUACGAGCUCGCCGUGUUGCCCGGCCUCAACACGCGAUGCAUAGAGCUGGCCGCCAACAUGUGCAUGACGCUCAUCGAGAACAAGAAGAAAUGCGACAUCAAGGAUCUCGUCCUACCGUGGAGGCCGCUUUACAACAUCCUCGAAAAGGAGCUCUUCCCAAAGCGUCGCAGGACGGGACUCACCAACAUCGCCGACGUCCUUCUCGACCUCGCGGAGACGGCGCAACGCUUCUUUCCAGCCAGCGAGGCGGACGAAAUGCUGCGCACCUUCUUGCCCAAGAUGGACGGUUCCAACCUCAAUUCCGUCAUCGCCACACAGGCGUUCCUGGUUCACUUCUUGCCCAUCAGUCACCCGCAGCGCUGGCUGCCGACCAUGUUCCGCCUAUGGGAAAGCUUCAACUCGUCGCUCUUUGACGACCAGAUGCUCGACCUGCUCGCACGUCUCGCCGAGAUGCACGUCACCGACCCUUCGAUAAGCUCCGCGUCCUCUGCUCGAAAAGCCGGCUCCCUGGCCGAAGCGUCAGUGCGGCCAGAAGUGCAGCCUGCAGAAGCGGCAACAGCUUCGAAAGCUGACGGUGACGAGCCGAUGCUAGUCAGCGAGCCAGCACGGCUCUCAGAAGCCAGCAACUCGACGACAUCAUCAGGUACAGCAAGCCCAUCAGGCAAAAUUGGACUGUUUAGCGAGAUCGGCAUCUUCACCGAGCAGCAAUACUCGCUCAUCAUGACAAAGUGCCUCAAGUCGGCCGGCCUUCCCGUUGGCUCGUCCAAAGCAGCCAAUGCUGCCCUCAUGGCUCAGUCUGCAAGCGUACGAAGCGGUCCAGAUGCCGCGGCAUCGGGCGCCACCCUCAAGAUGAAGAAGCCGACGGAUCGUCUCCGGUCCUUUGCAGUCAUCAUCGCUUACUCGAUAUCCAAGGACGGACUGACUGUCGGCGAGUCUGCGACAGUUUCGGACGUUCCGACCCCGGCGGAAGGAACCUCGCCAAAACUGCAAGGCGCCACCAAACCAGUCGCGACAUACCCAGCUGGUUCCAAAGCGCUCGAACAUCUCGCCAAGUUCGUGCAGGCCACCGAGAGCUACUUUCACCCGUCCAAUUGGGGCAUGUGGCAGAUGUCGCUUUCAAACCUGGUUCAGCAGAUCAUGUUUGAAUUCCUCAAACGCGCCAAGGAGGAAGAGCGUCCGCAGUGCAAGACGCCCCAGCAGUACCGACUUACAAACGAGAUGAAGACCGAAAUCGUUUCGAUUCUUCGCACGGUCUGCUUGCUCUCCAUGUUCUCCAAGGAUCCGAUCACCAUCGCAGCGUCACAAGCCAGCUUGAAAAGGAUGGCCAUUCUCGCACCAGAGAUGAUCUUCCCUGCUGUGCUGGACAGAGCGUUCAAUUCGCUAGAGGCGCUCGAGACUACACAUCGCACCAAUGCCGUCAUCACGGCUUUGUCGACGCUGUCGCCCGUCUUCACCUCUCGCCAACUCUACCGAGCUGGCGGAAAGCAUCUUGUGCCGCUCCUGCAACUCUGCAUUCCCGGUAUCGAUCUCAACGAUCCUAUGAAGACCAUGAGCACGUGCAUGUUCGUGCUCCUGUCUACCCUUUCGAUUCGUAUCGACGAUUUGACCAGGCCAGAAGCUUAUGCCGACGACGAAGAGGCGUUUGAGGGCAUCCCGGACUUGCCGAAGCUGAAUGUGGAUGCUACAGAGGCAUCUGCGUCUGGUGGAGAAGACGCUGUGUCGGCUUCGCCAGAGCAAGAAGAUUACGAGCUGCGCAUCAGCACCGCCGACUUUGACGCGUGGAUUUCGGCCUUCUUCCAGAGGGUGUUGUCUCUGUUCGAGACGUUGCCCGAAGAAGGUAAGGGCGGCCGCACCGGUGGCAAGUCCGAAGAGCAAGUCAUCAACAUGAUCAUGGCUGCUUCCGAUGCCGUCUGUCGAGCGAUGAGCCCCUAUCUGCUGCAGAAGUCGUUCGACAAGAUCGCAGACUACUGUGCCAAUACUGUGUCGGCCACUUCUGCCCGUGUCAUCGGCUCGCUCGUUGGCUGCUUUGCCCGCGCGGACAGCAAGAUGGUGCUCAAGAGGCUCGUGCCUCAAUGCGUCGCUAACAUCCGAACCGAAAUCGCCAAUGGAGCGAGUUCGACCCGAACCACCAGCACCAGUCUGCCGGCACCAAGCGACGCUGCCCUGCAUUGGAACCUCAGCGUACUGACCGGAGUCGUGAACGGGCCCGGCGACAAUCUCUUGGACUACAAAGACGAUCUGAUCUCGGUUCUGCACCUCAUCACCACAAGCUGCAAGAGUGAAAGAGGCUACUCGUCGAGUGCCAAGCUGGUGCAGAAGGUCAUCUCGUCCUUGACAUCCGUCUAUCCAAGCGAACAGCGAUUCGUGAAUCAGGAGACGUGGGAGAGCGAAGCGUUCGCUAAGCGAUCUCACCUGUUCUGGGGCAAAAUGUACGACGAGAAGAACGUCAAGAUCAACUGGCACGAGCCGUCAGAAGCCGAGAUCAGCAUGGCGCUCGAGCUACUCGACCGCAUCGUGAUUCCGGCACUGGACAAUGUCGAAGCCCUUCAGGCAGAGGCACUUGCUCGAGACAAGGCCUGGUCGAACGACUUCUGCCGCUAUCUCAUAGUGGUCAGGAUGGGUCUCAUCGGCAUGCCAAGCCUGAUCGACGAGGACGACGUUGGAGGUGGACAUCCGGCCAUGGACCUCGGCGACGAGGUCCCCGAGUUUAUCGAGGUCCCACCCCGCUUCAGAUCGCACUUCUGCUUGACUGACCGCCAGGAUGGGCGUUACCAAAAGGUGGCAGAGUUCAAGAGGCGCUGCGGAGAGGUGCUGCACCUCGCAGCCCAGAGCACGCAGGACUCGGGCGCAGAAGACCAGAUCGACUGUGUCAAGAUGCUCGUUCGAGCCAUCCGCUCCUACCUCACCUGCUACAGCUACAAUGGCGAAGACUACAAGGCUCACAUGCGUUCCCUCAGCUUCUUCCGCAACGUUGCCAAGCUGUACGCCAAGCAAAAGGCCUUCCCCCGCGUGCUCUUCAUCCGUCGCGCGGCUUUUUACAACACCAGUCGAGCAAGGCUCAACAGCUUCCACCGCAAGCGCACUCCAUUGGCCGACAAGCUGAUCCUGCAGAUCCUCGAGUUCUGCAUGUCCAACUACGUUGGCAUUCGACAGACGGCGCAGAACACGUUGGACACCAUCGGCGGGGUCUACGACGGCACCUGGAUCCUCUGCCUGCCCAAGCUGAUUGAAGCCGUUCAGCCAGGCGUACCUGACGACAGGAUGAAAGGUGCAUUGUACGUGCUAGGCAGCAAAGGCGCUUCGUAUCUCUGCAUCACCGACGCUCGCUUCAGCGCCGAAUACAUCAUCAGCCUCCUCGACGCUCAGCACCACUCCAAGCCUUCGAUCCAGAAGCUGGUCCGUGGUAUCAUCAAUGACUUCAUCGUGCGUUUCGCCGAGCCAUCGACGCUGACGGCCAAGGUCGACUCGCCAGCACUCAACGAAGCUGCGGAUAUCCUGGAGCGGGCACUUCCCGCUGAUCUGCAGACUUCGGACGCCAAGCUCAUCGAGGCUGUGGCUGCCAAACGACGUCUUCGCCUGGACAGGGUCGAUGUAUUGCACCAGGAGCUCACGAGCAAAGCGCUCGACUUUGCGCAGAAGGAAACCACCCAUUGGGCCUUUUCGAUCUUCGCGGCUCGUCUGCUGAGGGCGUUGGUGCGAAAGGACAGGCCGCUGGCGCAGGGGUCCGCGACGUAUCUCUCGGAGCAGAUGAUAUCCGAGAACCCCAAAAUGCGUCACUGCGCUCAGGCCGCCGUCACCAAGAUCCUUUACUACGUCAAGCUGCGCACGCUGGCUCCGACUGAUGAGGAUUUGCUGCUUGGUCAGAGCAAGAACCCACUCAAGCAUUCCGAGAAAUUACCGACUCCCGUGUCGAGUGAGUGGACGCAGCAAUACAUUGCAUCUUUUGCUGAGCCAUUGCGGCCAGAUAGCAAGCUGCGGGACAAGCCAUCCCAAGGCUGGCUCGUAUGGGGCGAGGAGGAGGACUUCUACGAACCGCCACCUGCUGACGGUACCGUAUUCGACUGGGAUGCUGAGUCUCAGUCGGCGAUGGCUGCGGUGCGCGCUAAGCUCACCCAGGAGUCUUGGUGGCAGUCCUUCUGCCGUCAUCUGUCGCAGGAGAAGGACCGCGACUAUCCGGGCAGCGACUCUGUGACUCUUCUCAAGUCGAUCUUCCAGAUCUUUGGCGUCGAGCUGUUGCCGUUCAUCCAGACGACGACGGAGCAGUACAUUGCAGAGAAGGACCGUCACAGGCAUCGCGCUGCAGCGGAGCUCGUUUGCGGCGUCUACCGGGGCUCGAAGCACUGGAACAUGAAGGACCAGGACAAGCUGUGGGCGUGGCUCAAGACUCUGCUGCCAAAGAUCUUCGAGGGGUGCACACCGGAUAGUCAGCCAGCUUGGCAGUCGUGCAUCGAGUACAUGCUGCAGGCUCGCGAUCCGCGUCGUGCGCUCCCGCUUGUCGAGUACAUUGUCCAGGCGGCUCGCGACAAUAUUGGCAAGGACAACAGCACGGCCAGUCCGUGGGAGCAGGCGAAGGCGCAGAAUCUGUUGCGCGGUGCCAUGAUCUCGAUGAAUUUGCAGUUCGCGCCCUUCGGAGCGGAUGAGUUCAUCCGCAUCUAUUCGGAAAACUUUGACAACCACUUCCAGGAGGUGAGGAGCGUCAUCAGCGAGGGACUGGCAGAUUUGGAGCUGCUCCAGGUCAAUCCGUCGUUUGGCAGUGUCGAGCUGAUGCUGGAUGCGUGCAGUACGGGUCACGGAUCGCUGCUGUCGCGACCAGAGCUGUACAGCGGGCGUCUGGAGACGCUGUCGCAGCAGCUAGCGCAGUGGCGCACAGAGAGGAAGCCGACAGCCGAGGGCACUUCUCAGUACGAUCGAGCGGCGAUGACGGCGUUGCUGUGGAUCUCGACGACCAUGGGCGACCAUCGCAAUAGCGCGUUGGCAGGAGAGGUGAUCAAGUACAUCCCGGACAUCUUUGGCAUGCUCGAGCUGCACGACAACAAGGAGCUGUCUGCGCUCGCGCGCGCCGUGUUGACCAAGAUCUCGACCUAUCCGUUCACGUCCGAGUACGCGGGUAGAUUGAUCGAGACGCUGCUGCAGGUGACGCGUUCGUCGGUCGACUCUUGGCGUGCACGUCUCGACUCGUUGCCAGUUCUGCAGGUGAUGUACUUCCAGAACCUGUUUUACUUGGAUGAGAAGCUGGUCAACUCGAUCGUGGAGCUGCUGUUGGAGCUGCUGAGCGACAAGCAUCUCGAAGUGCGCGAGAUGGCAGCGACGACGCUCUCCGGUAUCGUGCGUUGCUCGCAACGACGAUUGAUCAAGACGCUCAAGACGCGAUUCACCAAGACCGUCUCUUCGACCAUGGUACCUAGAAGAGGUGACAAGGACUACGACUCGCAGCUGCUCAAACUUCACUCCGGGAUCUUGGGUGCUUCGGCUCUGUUGGCUGCGUUCCCGUACGAGGUGCCGGACUGGAUGCCGAGCUUGAUCGUCGAUACGGUGGCACAGCAUACGGAUGAUCCGGUGCCCAUUUCGACGACGGUGAGGAAGUGCGCGGCGGACUUCAAGAGGACACAUCAAGAUACGUGGUCGGAAGAUCAGCACAAGUUUGGGGACUAUUUGGCCGAGGUGAAUGACUUCACGCUCGGUAGGAGUGAUUAUUUCGCUUGA